CGGAGCAGCCAUUACAGAAAGAAGGAAAAUAAGGAUAAGUUUCUUUGAAGAGACAGAAAGGGGGCAAAAAGAGAUGAACUUCACUGUUCGGAAAUCUCGAGGGAGAGAGAAAAAAGCUACUCGUCCCUUUUGGCUGCCAAAUUGAAAGAAAGACGUUAUAAAGUUGGUUCCUUUGCUGAAACAGAGGUUUGCUUUCUCUCUCUUUCUUCCUCGAUUUGUGGGUUCUUCUCUAAGUGCAGUCGCUUUACAAGGGCAGUGGCUUUGAGGGGAGAUCUCCGACAAAGUCCAUUUCUUCUUUACUUGGACGUAGGCAUAAUACUACCUCUUGUUGCGUUAUGGGGGAGGAGAAGGAAACUGUAUAUUCACCUGUUGGAGUUCUAGAAUACUAUUUGAGGACAGCAGAAUCAGAAACCAUCUCUUCCAUGGCCAGCACCUCGGAAACUGAUGGUUUAAAGAGUUCUAAAUUCGGUUCUAAAUGGCGCGAUCUAGUUCAGCAAUUCAAGAGCAAAUCCAAGAAACCAAUUGGCAAUCUCCAUCCUCUUAGCGUUAUGAAAUUUUCCAAGAGAUUGAGUAGUAGCAUGAGGGAGCAUAUCGGCUUCAUGAUUAACCCUUUUGAAUGCAGAGAUUCAAGUAGUCUGAAACCCCGGUGUAGAAACUUCACAAUCCAUGAGCUUCAAAACGCCACAAACUCUUUCAACCGUGAGAAUUUGAUCGGAAGAGGGGGUUAUGCUGAAGUUUUUCGUGGCCAAUUGAGAGAUGGGCAGCUAGUUGCCAUAAAGCGACUGAUUAAGGGUCAUUCGGAUGAGAGAAUCGCUGAUUUCCUUUCGGAGCUGGGAGUUAUGGCCCAUGUUGACCAUCCCAAUACAGCUAAGUUGAUCGGUUAUGGAAUUGAAGGAGGAAUGCACCUUGUUCUUGAGCUAUCCCCUCAUGGAAGCUUAGCUUCUCUUCUUCAUGGUGCUAAGGAGAAGCUAAACUGGAGUGUUAGGUAUAAAAUAGCAGUUGGAACAGCUGAAGGAUUGCUAUAUCUUCACGAGGGUUGUCCUAGAAGAAUCAUUCACAGAGAUAUCAAGGCCUCUAAUAUAUUACUUUCUCAAGAUUUCGAACCUCGGAUAUGUGACUAUGGGCUCUCAAAAUGGCUUCCAGAGAAAUGGACACAUCACAUUGUGCCAAAAUUCGAAGGCACCUUUGGAUAUCUUGCUCCUGAAUACUUGAUGCACGGAAUAGUGGACGAGAAGACAGAUGUUUAUGCAUUUGGAGUACUACUUUUAGAACUCGUGAGUGGUCGCCGUGCUCUUGACUAUUCAAAGGAAACUCUUGUUGUUUGGUCAAAGCAGUUAAUCAAGAAGAACAACAUAAGAGAACUGGUUGAUCCUAGUCUUGAAGACGAUUACAAACAAGUGCAGUUGAACCUCAUGGUUUUGACUGCCUUUAUAUGCAUCCAACAAUCUUCAAUUCGACGCCCUCAAAUGAAACAGGUAGUACAACUUCUGAAAGGAAACCGUGAAAGCUUAGAAAUGGUUAAGAAAUGCUACAAGACAUCAUUUUGGAAAAGAUACCGUUUAGUGGAUGCUCUUAAUGACAAUGAAACAAGGAGCAGCAGCAGGGAGGAGGAUGACUUGUCUCAUCUUCUUCCUUCAAUCCAAAACUUGCUCUCUGUCGGAGUCUUGGGAGGGAAAGAGCUUCGCCAAUUUUUCGUGUGAUUAAACUAGGAAUCAAUCUUUGAGCAAUGAAGAGUUUAGUGUAGUCAGUAGUUUGUAUCUUUUUUUCUUUUUCUUUUUCUUUACAUAUGUAAGUUUUUCAAUUUUUCUUGGAUGAAGAAGACAAAUAGAAAGAGAGUAAUCUAAGUGUUUAUUGUAGGAAAUUUACAUGUCACACAAAUAUUGUAUUAUGAUGAUUUAAGGAUUACAAGUACUCAAGGAUAUUAAUAUUGGUUUCACUAUACUGAUUUAUUUUU